AUGGCGACGGAGGAGUUGGCAGCCAAGCUGAACAGGCGGAAUUUAAUUAACGAAGUGAAGGAGGGCAGCGCCCAUUUGUUGCCAUCCAACAAUAUUUUCAACCCUUAUACGGAAUUUAAGGAAUUUAGCAGGAAACAAAUUCAGGAUUUUCAGAAAAUAUUCAACAAAUAUGAUGUUGGCAAUGACAGAUAUAUUGAUUUGAUGGAACUCAAGCUGAUGAUGGAGAAACUUGGAGCUCCCCAAACGCAUAUAUCACUUAAAAAUAUGAUCAGAGAGGUGGAUGAAGACCAUGAUGAUAAGAUUAGCUUUAGGGAGUUCUUACUGAUAUUUCGCAAGGCAGCAGCAGGAGAUUUACAAGAAGGCAGCGGCUUAUAUGAUUUGUACAAGAACAUGGAUGAGAUUGAUGUCGAUGUCCAAGGUGUCAAAGAGGCAAAGAACUUCUUCCAGGCAAAGAUUGAGCAGCAAGCUGAAACUGGAAAAUUUGAACGGGAAAUCCGCGAAGAGCAAGAGGAAAAGAAAAGACUUGCAGAAGAGGCUAAAGAAAGAAAGAAAGCUUUUUUGGAAAAGGCAAGCAUCUUUAACAAAGCAGCCAAAUGA